AUGGAUGGUGCGGAGCUCCCCAGACCAAGCAGUGGGACCCCGGACGUCUCCAUGUUUUGUCUCAAUUUCUUGACCCCGGAGCUGAUUCCGCAGUCCUUUCACGCUCGAGCCACCAACACCAUUAUGGCCACUUCUGCAUCGCCGUCAGCCUCUGCGAACGGCUCUGAUGUCAAGGCAGCUCAAAAGCGCAAAGCUGACGAAGACGAUGGCAGUCCGCAGGCUCAAGGUCAUGGUCGCUCUAAGCGAAGUCGGUACAUAUCUAUAGCAUGCAACGAAUUGGCUUCCGCUCAAAACGACUCUUUCUAUCAACAACCUGACAACGGCCGGUCUAACAUCAACGUCGCGAGGACGCUUCCUCCACUUGUAUCCCCAAAGCGUCAACAGCCUCAGCGCUCUUUGCCGCGAUUCCACGGACCUACGAGUAGCAUCUAUGGCUUCGAUGUCGCCAAGAGCAGUCUGUCCAACAUGGGUAUUACUCAGCCAAUGGAGCUAGAAGGCCUGAUAUCAAGAGAUCGCAGUCAAGCUGCUUCACCUGUACAUUUGGCUCCCCACCCGAAAAAGGACCCUAUCUGGCUCCUUGACCAGGCUGAGGUGACGAGAUUGAUCAGAAUAUAUGAUGAAGAGUGCUUUAUCAUGUACCCCAUGUUUGACAUGGACAAAUUGUACAAACACGUUAACAACCUCUAUACGUUCAUCGGUGCUGCCUUACGCUCCGGAUUUGGCCAGGUAGGCCUUCCCGGCGAGGACGCUUUGGACGAUGAUAUGACCACUCAAUUAAAGCUCGUGCUGGCUUGUGCUCUCAUCAUUGAGGGUCAUGGUCAGCAUGAGCUGGGCCAAAAACUCUAUGAUAGUGCUAAAAAGUCUGUGGACCUUGUUAUUGUGGGUCACCUAAGUAUCAAAGCGGUCGUGCUCGUCAUCUUGACAGCGACAUACCAUUUCCAGAAAGACGAAGAGACCCAGGCCUGGCGGUUCAUCGGAAUUGCGGGACGAGCGUGCAUCGAAAUGGGCCUGCACCGCCGGGACUCUCUUAUACGUUCCUUUCCAAACCAGACUGAACUCAAACAAGCAGUGCGAGUAUUCUGGGUAGUCUACGCCCUCGACCGGCGUUGGAGCUUUGGCACUGGGAUGCCCUUUUCACUACAGGACUCCGACAUCGAUGCUUCACUACCAGAGCCUGACAACAUGUAUCCCUACUUGAAGCACAUUACUGUUUACAAUCACAUUGCGACCAGAAUCUGGCAGCACAUUUCUGCCUUUGAGGCUGGGAAACAGGGGGUUCGGCGUGACGAUGUUGGCUAUCUUGACUUUCAAAUACUACAGUGGUAUCAAAACAUACCGGAUUCCCUUAAAUUCGACAGCAGUAACCUUGUCGCGGAGAAUGAGGUGCCUGAUCGCAAGACACGACGAUUGCGGUUCCUCAUGUUCCUGCGCAAAAACCAAGCUCGUAUUAGCGUUUACAGGCCGAUAUUACAUUCAGCAACGUCGAUCAUCGACCACCGCCACCAUGCUGAGACAGUAAUCGACAUAGCUAAGGACACAAUUAGGACCAUAAUUGGUAUUGAUCGCAUCAGUGAUAUUUACCAAACACAACAGGUCUGCUACAACUAUUUUCUUGUUCAAGCUCUUGCAGUGAUAUUCCUCUCAGUCGCUCAUGCUCCAGCCAUCUUUUCUGAUCAGACCAGAGAGGAAUUUUAUGGCGCCAUUGAUCUGAUCAAGGGAUUCAGUACCAAGUCCCACACCACGAGAAGACUGUGGAAAACCAUAAAAGGACUAAAAGAGCUUGGGCACAAGAUUGGUCAGCUUGCUCAAGGGGAGGUCAAAGCGCAACAGACACCACAGCAACUACAGCUGGAGGAUGAUGCUCACUCGAACGCUGCACUGGCUAUGGCUUCUCUCGGAGGACAUAAGGUGACGAACUAUCCGCCGCCACCACCACUUCCUCAUAAUCCUCUUAGCAUUGAUAUGUACUCGCCUGAAGAUGCAAGCCAGAUGGGGAACGAGUUGACGGCGCUCUUCGAGUUAGCAGGUGCUUAUGGCAACAGCCACCAUGGAAUUGGAGGAGCUAGCAUCGAGCCAUUCACAGGUUUUGUACAAGGGCAAGAUGGCGACAGCUUUAAUGCUAUAUUCGGAAACGAGCCAGAGUUCUCCAGGAUUAUGAACGAGUUACUUUAG